UAAAUAAACAACGAAUGAGUAUGAACAUUUCCUGGUUGAGUACGUCACUUCCGCUCUGACGCCAUCACGGUGCGACAUUUUGCAGGCGGCCGCAAGUGGUAGAAGCGAGAUCAUCGCGUUCAAAGAUAUGGCACCAUCCCCGACAAAACGAAAGGAGGAGGAAAAAACAAAAGACAGAGGGAAAGAAAAGACCAGUACAAAGGAGGGGGACAAAGACAGAGGACGGGAUAAAGCAAGGAAACGGCGCAGUGCUUCUACUGGCAGCAGCAGCAGAUCCAGCUCUUCUUCAAGCAGCAGCUCUGGUUCCAGCUCUGGUUCCUCAAGAGGAUCAAGCUCAUCUGGUUCCAGCCGUUCUGGCUCUUCAACUUCCCGUUCCUCUUCCUCCUCCAGCUCCUCAGGCUCACCAAGCCCCAGCCGUAGGCGCCAUGACAAUCGUCGGCGCUCACGCUCAGCGUCUAAAACACAAAAGAGGGGAGAUGAUAAGGAGCGAAGGAAAAGAAGCCCAAGCCCCAAGCCAACCAGAAUUCACUUGAAGCGACUGACCAGGAAUGUCACCAAGGAACACAUACAAGAGAUCUUUUCCACUUAUGGAAAAAUCAAAGCAGUUGAUAUGCCAGUGGACAGAGUCCAUACCCACUUGACCAAGGGCUUCGCCUAUGUGGAAUUUGAAACUCCCGAAGAGGCCCAGAAAGCUUUAAAACAUAUGGAUGGAGGACAGAUUGAUGGACAGGAAAUCACUGCAGCCGCUGUGCUACCUCAACGAAUCCGUCCUCCACCUCGGAGACUUUCUCCCCCUCGCAGAAUGCCCCCGCCCCCGCCUAUGUGGCGUCGCACACCACCACGCAUGAGGAGAAGAUCUCGCUCACCUAGGAGACGGUCCCCAGUCCGCCGCCGCUCUCGCUCAAGAUCUCCCGGUCGCAGACGCCAUCGCUCUCGCUCCAGCUCUAAUUCCUCCAGAUAGACGGGUUUCAUAGCUACUGAUAAGAAGUGAUCUCCCCGAUUUCUGACUCCAGAUUGAUUGAAUUUCUGCUUUUCCUAGACUUAAUGGAUUCACCAGAAAUAAAAUCAUCUGCUUUGUAGCCAAUAUUACCACCUGUCUGCACCUAGAAAGCAGAAGUGUUAUUUUCUCUGCAAAUGUGAGUCUUUUUCUAUUUUUUUUUUAAAAAGUUAUCCUUCAAAGCUGGCUCAGAGUUAAAGUACAAUUUAAAGAUUUUUCCUGGCUUCUCUAAGACAGAUAUUUCUUUUUUAAAGUGUGACUUCAUUGUACCAUGUACUGAAUUUUUAGACAUUUGGAAAAAUAAAGAUGCUUAAACAAGCAGUA